AUGUUGUUUCCAGUCGGGAACAUUUCUGGUCCGACUGCUUCAGCAUGACAAACCAAAUUAGAAGUAAACUUGAAACUGUGAAAUUCAAGUUUUAAAAAACCCUAUAGACCUGCAAAACUCACGUAAUAUUAUAGUUUAAACUAAAUAUUUAUCUUGGCAGCUGCAGCGUCCAUACGCCAUGCAUGCAGAGUGAAGUCGCUGGUUAUUUUCACGCAGACAGCGGUUUGUUUUGGUUUCAUUUAAUCGGAAUAUCACUGUGUUUAAAGAUGGCAGGACUGGAGCUGCUCUUCAACUGCGUGUCAAACUCUUUAACUUGUUCCCAUGAUGCUCUGAUGUGUUUCGUACACUGGGAAAUCGUGAAAAGGGGCUAUAAAUGUCUGGGCAUUGGAGAUGAGCCCAAGGAUGGAGAGAAGAAGUCAGAACUGCUUCCAACUGGCUGGAAUGAAAGCAAGGAUCUGUAUGCACUCAGAUACAGAUCCAAUGAUGACAAGUCAACCCUGCUGCUCAAAGCCUUCACAGUGGAUUCAACCCUCAUCUUCAAUCUAAUGGACUCCAAGACAGAAAAAGUAACCGAUCUCACAGUUAACAUCAGUGAGUAUGUUGAUGAAGCCAAUCUGCAGACGUUUGAAAGUGUGUUUAAGAACACAGACGAGCUGAUCAUGAAGCUAAAGUCUUCACUGCUGCCCACUGAAAAAGAGGAACGUCAAGGAAAGACAGAGAAGAAAACAGAAAGUGAAAGAGCCUCAAACUUAAGGGACCCUCUCAGUGAUCCUCUCCUGAUCCCAACCAGGGGCCAUCCAAGCAGACACCCACCCAACUGGCCUGACUCGAUGGAUCCAUUUGCCGCCGGCGGUGUUGAUCUGGACCCUUUCGGGGGACGAGCAGGAGGGAUGAUCGUCGAUCCAUUACGUGCUGGGUUUCCUCGCUCAGGGUUUGACCCCUCCUCUGGUAUUCCUGGAGUCCUUCCCCCAGGCGCUGUGCCUCCUGGUGCCCGCUUUGACCCCUUCGGGCCAGUUGGGCGACACAGACCUGGGCCAGACCCUGAUCACAUGCCCCCACCAAGAUAUGACGACAUGUUCAUGUAGACGCACUAAUAUCCCAUAGUUCUCGCUGCUCUGCAGUGAUAUGCACUUUGUGUUUGAAUAAACUGGCUUGUGGUGAAACAUAACUACUCUGUUACAGAAUUAUUCUUAAAACAGUAACAUAAUUGGAUAUUUUGAUAUUGCCAAAAAAAUAUCAACUGAUAAUUC